AUGGGUUGUUGUUCAUUUAAAUGUUAUAAAGAGGAAACAGGUAUUAAAGAUUUAAACUUAAGUUUUAACUAUAGAAGAAAGAUAAUUAGAUUAGAUAGAAAUUGUGAUUUCUAAUCAGAAUGGUCCAAAUGCGACAACAAAAAUAUUAUUUCAAGAUAAAGAAACUACAGGAAUAAAAUCAAGUUCUUUAUCUAAAGAAUAAAUUUAUUAAAAUGAUUUAGAAUAGUAGUAAGAUUAAACAAAAAAUAAGGAAGGAAAUAAUUCAGAAAUGAUUAAAAAAACAAUAAAUGGAACAAUGAAAUUAACACCAGAAAUGUUAGUUAGAAAGUAAUGUAUUACUGAGAAAUUUCUCUCUCAUUAUGAAAUUAUAAAAAAACUAGGAUAAGGAGGAUUUGGUGAAGUUUAUUUGGUUAAACAUUUAUCAACUAAAAAUUUGAGAGCUGCAAAAGUGAUACUAAGAAAAACAAUAAAUUGUGAAGAAACAUUAUUAGAGGAGACAGAAAUUUUAAAAACUUUAGAUCAUCCUAACAUUGUUAAAGUAUUGGAAAUAUUUGCUGACUUUAAAUAUUAUUAUAUAAUAACUGAAUACUGUAAAGGAGGCGAAUUAUUAGAUAGAAUAAAAACAAUAACUAAUUAUAGUGAGAGAAUAGCAGCAAAAUAUAUGAAAUAAGUAUUUUCAGCAAUAAUGUAUUGUCAUAAUAAAAAUAUAGUACAUAGAGAUUUAAAAGUAUUAAUUAAUAAAUAAAAUUUAGCCAGAAAAUAUUUUAUUUGAUUCAAAAGAUCCAGAGGCUAAUUUAAAGGUGAUAGAUUUUGGAGCAAGUGAAAAAAUGGUUAAUGAAUCUAAUUUGACAAAAAAGGUUGGAACUCCUUAUUAUGUUGCACCUGAAGUAAUAUCAGAACCAGAAUAUGAUAAAAAAGUUGAUGUAUGGUCUUGUGGUGUUAUACUAUAUAUUUUGAUGAUAGGCAGACCUCCAUUUAGAGGAUAAAAUGAUAUUGAAACUUUAAGAUUAGCUAAAUUAGGUAAAUUUAAUACAAAUCAUGAACGUUGGAAUAGAUUAAGUAAUUAAGUCAAGGAUUUAAUCAUAAAAAUGAUAGUAGUUGAUCCAAAAUAAAGAAUCAAUAUAGAAGAAGCUUUUUAACAUGAUUGGAUUUAAAAUAAUUAAAAUAAUGGAAUUUAAGAUUAUAAUAUUAUUAAAACACUUAGUUAAUUUACUGCAUAAAAUAAAUUAAGAGCAGCAAUCAUUUAAUUUAUUUCAGUUUAAUUGGUUAAUAAAGAAGAAAGCGUUAAAUUAUCUUAAACAUUUAAAUCUUUGGAUAUUAAUGGUGAUGGUACAUUAAGUAAAGAAGAAUUAUUAAAAGGAAUUUUAACUGCUGAUAUUGAUCAUUUUUAAGCAGAAACAAUGGUAAAUGAAUUAAUGUAAGAAUUAGAUGUAAAUGAAUCUGGUAAAGUUGAUUUUACUGAAUUUUUAUCGGCUGCUUUUGUACUUUAAUAAAAAAUAACUAUUAAUAAUAUAUAAAAUGCUUUCAAAAUGUUUGAUAUUGAUGGAAAUGGUGCAAUUAGUAAAAAUGAAUUAGAAAAUAUUUUUGGAGGAAUAGAAAUUGAUAAUUAAGCAUGGUAAGAUAUUUUAGAUAAAUUUGAUUUUAAUAAAGAUGGAGUUAUUGAAGAACAAGAAUUUAUUAAACUUUUGGAAAAUAUUUAAUUAUGAAUACCAUCUUAUUUUUUUGUAUUUAUUUCUUAUUUUAUUAUUUUUUAUGUAACCUAAUUUUGAGGAAUGUCAUGAAAAAAAACUUAAAAAAUAUCGAUAAAAAUUUGAAACUAUGCUAUACGGAUAUUAAACUGAAAGAAAAUCAUUUUUUAACAAUUAUAUUGAUAAAGAACCUAAGACAUGUAAUUAAAGUCCAAAUUAGACAAAAAUGGAAAAAAAUCAAUUUUCUCUCUCAAUUUGUAAUCCAUAAACUUAAAGAUCUUCUAUACGAUGUUCUGUUAAUAAAAAUUAACAAGUGAAUAGAAGAAUUGUUUAGAAAUAAACUUAAUAAGUUAUUUCAACUAAUAAAAGCUUAAAUUAUGAAUUUUCUUUUCCAAAAUGGAUUUCAGAAAGAAGUGACUUCUAAAAAUGGAAAUCUCAUAGGUAAUGAAUCAAUUAAAUGGUUAUUAAGUGAUUUCGAUAUUAAUUUAAAGAUAGUAUCAAUAUGUAAAAUGGAAACAUUUAAAAGAGAUUAAGCUUAAAAAUAAAUAGUAGCAUUAUAUUUACAAAAAUUGAGUUUAUUUAAAUUAAUGCCUUUAGUACUUUUAUAAGAAUUGGCAGGUAGAUUAACCUACAAAUAAAUAAGAUCUGAAUCAGAUUUAACUUUAUGUAAAAUAGGUGAAAUUGGAAAUUGUAUGUAUAUUAUUUUUUAAGGAACUGUGAAAGUAAUAAUUAAAGUACAAGUUUAAAUUAAAUAUGUUAGGAUAUUUGUGUUAAAGAGUUUCAUGAUAAUGAACAUUUAGGAAGAUAAGCAUUAGAAACUGAUGCUCCUAGAAAUGCUACUUUAAUAUGCACUUAAAAUUCUCAUAUUUUGAUAUUGAGUAGAUGGGAUUAUUAAUAAUGUUUGAAUAAUCUAUUUAAAAUAGAAAGACCAAAAUGGAUUAAUUUUAUUAAUUCAAUACAUUUUUUUAGAAACUUUUCGUCUUAGAAAAUAUAAAGGUUAUGUGAAGAUUUAAAAGGAAAAUUCAUGUCAGCAAAAGAUUGUCUAUAUAAAAUCGGAGAUCAAAUUGAUAACUUUUAUAUAGUAAAGAGCGGAGUUCUUGUAAAGAAAGUUGUUGUUAAUUUAGAAAAAUCUAACAGAUGGCCAGUAAAAACAAAAGUAUGGUUAUAAAAUACUGUUGCAACAAGAUAGGAAAUCACUAUAAAAUAUGAAAGUUAAUCAUUAUUAGGAUAUUAUGAAAUAGUCACAUAAGAAACACUUGGAUUAAAAUAUAGAACUGAAGAAAUUAAUGCUUUUGAAGAUUGUUUUUUAUUAUUUAUUCCGAGAAUUAAAUUUUAAGAUAUUUUUGAUUUGGAUGAUCAAAAGCAAUUUCAAGAAUUGUUCUUAAAAUUGUAUCCUACUACAUUUGAUUAACUAAUUAAAAUGGUUAAAGAAUAAGAUCAAAAGAAAAAAUUAGAAUUUAAAACAAUAAAAGAUGCUUUGAUUGAAGGAUUAUAAAAUGCUGAUCAAAUAAAAUUAUAAAAAGUAUAUUAAUCUUAGUUAUCAUAGAAAACAAAAAAAUAUAAAGAGAUUUUACUAAAUGCGAAAAACAGAUUGAAAUAAUAUUAAUAAACAAAAGGAAUCAUCUAAACAGAGAUAAGAUAAAAAGUUAUGAAUUCAAUUUACGAAUGA